GUGAUUUUUGACAGAUAAUCUCUUGACAUGUGACAUGUCCGAAAUGACCUGUGCAAGGUUAUGUUAUUUUAACUUUUUAAUUUUAUUUUAAAAAUCAGUAUAUUUUUUUAAGUAAAAGCAGUCAAUAAAUAUUUAGUAAAAAUGACUACUGCCUGUAGGAAUUUGAAGAAGGUAACACAUGUACUUUUCGAUAUGGAUGGUGUCCUUCUUGAUACAGAAACCCUAUACACACAGGCAACACAAAACAUUUUAGACAACUAUGGCAAAAAGUUUUCGUGGGAGGUAAAAAUGCAAUUGAUGGGUCUGCAUGGGCAUGAAAUGGCUAAAAAACUAGUUGAAAUCUAUGAAUUGCCACUAUCACCCUCAGAAUACUAUUCACUAGCUUUGAAACAAUAUAGUGCUCUUAUGCCCAGUUGUGAGCUCAUGCCAGGUGCUCGUCAUUUAGUGACACAUCUAAAGACACAUAAAAUUCCAAUUGCUGUAGCAACAUCAUCAUCCAGAGAAAGUUAUGAUUUAAAAACUAAAGACCACAAAGAGUUUUUCUGUAUGUUUGACCAUAUUGUAACAGGUGCUAGCGAUCCAGAGGUAAAACAGGGCAAACCAUCUCCAGACAUAUUUUUAGUAUGUGCAUCUAGGUUUCCUGACAGUCCUUGCUCAGAAAAAUGUUUAGUUUUCGAAGAUGCUCCCAAUGGAGUUUUAGCUGCUGUAAGAGCAGGUAUGCAAGUAAUAAUGGUACCAGACGAAAAUAUACCACCUGAACACACAAAAGAAGCCCACGUAGUUAUUAAAAAUUUAGAGGAAGCACCUAUAGAGUACUUUGGACUACCCCCCCUUAAAAAAUUAUAAACAAAUAUAUUUUAAAGCAAUUAUGAA